AAAUGCAACUCAGCAUACUUUGCUCGCUCCUUUUGGUUUCCUCGCCAAAGCUGCCUCGACUGAGCGCGUGACUGCGUGCGUGCGUGCGUGCGUGUGUGCGUGUGCGUGUGGUCACGUCCACGACGCUACGACGACGUAGCUUGGACUUUUUUCUUCUUCAGUCAUGGCAGACCAGGCCUUUGUGACGUUGGCUACCAAUGACAACUAUGCGAAAGGAGCCAUGGUUCUGGGCCAAUCCCUGCGCCGCCACAAAACCUCCAAAAACCUGGCAGCCCUCAUCGGGCCCCAGGUGUCGCAACCAUGCCAGUCUGUACUGAGGAGGAUUUUCGACGAGGUUCGGCUGGUCGACGUGCUGGACAGCGGCGACGCGGCCCACCUGGCGCUGAUGAGGAGGCCCGAAUUGGGCGUCACCUUCACCAAACUCCAUUGCUGGACCCUCACACACUACUCCAAAUGUGUCUUCAUGGACGCAGACACUCUGGUGGUUUCAAAUAUAGAUGAGCUCUUUGACCGAGAGGAACUGUCAGCUGCUCCUGAUCCUGGCUGGCCCGACUGCUUCAACUCGGGCGUGUUUGUUUUUCGUCCGUCUGUGGAGACUUAUGACAAACUGCUUCAGUACUGCACAGAACACGGCAGCUUUGACGGGGGAGACCAGGGGGUUCUUAAUGGCUUCUUCAGCGACUGGGCCACAGCUGACAUUUCAAAACACCUCCCCUUCAUCUACAACCUCAGCAGCAUCGCCAUAUAUACCUAUCUACCAGCCUUCAAGCGCUAUGGCGCCAAUGCCAAGGUAGUCCACUUCCUGGGGAAGACCAAACCGUGGAGCCACGGCUUGGACGCUCAAACCAAAGCGAUCUCCGGGGGCGCACACCCCUCCUUCCUCCUGGAUUGGUGGGUCUUGUACUCCACCACCGUGGUGCCUAUGCUGCAGGAGCAAUACGGAGACCAGCCCUUCCACACGGAAUGCGUGGAAGAGGUGGUGGAUGAUGUCCCUGCCUUUCCCGUAAAGUUCCCCUACACUGACAUGGUUACUUUUGGGAGCGCAGAGGCUGUGGAGGUGAGCCUGGCAUCCGUGGCCGCCGCGCUCCACCUGUCGUCACCACCGCCGCAGGAGCAGCAGCAGCAGCCGUCCUCCGAGGAGCGCAAGCAGAAAUGGGAGCAAGGCCAGGCGGACUAUAUGGGGAAGGACUCCUUUGACAAUAUCAAGAAGAAGCUCGAUACUUUCCUCAAAUGAGGAGGGAGAGAAAAGAAUGCACUUAAACUGCCACAGCAGACAUACAGGUGCAUCACAUUACAUUAGAUUUUCUGUCCAAAAGUUCAUUUAUUUCUCUAGUUUGAUUUAAAAACUGAAACUCAUUACAGGGAGCCCCACAUAUUCACGGGAUGGCAAAUUCACUUAUUCCUGGAUUUUUUUUUUCCUCUUUUUUUUGCUGGGGGGGGGGGAAUAAAAAAUAAAUGAUCACUAUUAUUGUGCUCAUCUUGUUGCCAAGGAACUAUGUUGAAGUGGCUUGAGGAGAUUUAUAUAGACAAAAGUGGUGCUUUGCUGCCACCUUGUGGCAUCUUAGUGCCAAGGAACUAUGUUGAAGUGGGUUGAUGAGUUUAAUCUAGACAAAAGUAAUGCUUUGCCGCCUCACCCUGUUGGCAUCAAUAGGCAAUUGACUCUUCUUUUUUUUUUGGUGUCAAUUGUGGAUUUUUGUUACGGUAUUUGUGGCACCGUGUGGUCCCGAUCCCCUGUAAAUAGCAGAUAGGGAAGACUGUAUACAGAUUCAUGAAAUGCAAAGGAAAAUACUUUCCAAAAGGCCGAUUUCUGCGAUAAAAACUCUUGAUUGUUUAUGUAAAGGUUCUUGGAAUGGUGUAUUUGAUUAUUGCUAUAAUCAGAAGUAAAACAAAUAUUCAUGAACUAUUUCACUCUGUGUGUAGUGAAUCUACAGUAAUAGUGAUGAAGCCGUACCCUGAGUCAUGGAAAAACCACAAGCAACCACAAACUAUGUUACAAAAACACACUAUUAUUUCAAACGCUUCUAACAACAUUACUCUUAAGAAUAAAUGGCUUACAGAUGCAUUUUUAAAUGCACCGCAAGUGCACGUAUACAUGCGUAUACUCUGUAAUGGCCCAGGCUAAAAUUAACCUAGCCAAGAUUCAAAGCUUGUCCUUCAGGUGAUAUGUAUCACUUCAACAUACUUCCUUAACAACAAUUCAUAGACAGGGCUUUGGCGGCAUCUUUUGGCACCUAAGGGCGUUUCAGAAAGAGCACAAAAACUGCAGCUUGGCCAGUUUUCAAGCAAUUCGCUGGAGAUAGGUGCAACAGGAAAAAAAAUGCAAAUAGGUGAAUUUUUGAAUAGUGGAUAGGGAAUAUACUGUACUGUAUUGUAUUGUAAUUUCUUUGUUGUAUUUUUUUUUUUUUAAUUCCCCCCACUGGAGGGAAAUAAUCAACAAAAUAAUCUACCAAGAAAUAGCUGUGUGUGUGUGUAGUGAAUCCAUACUAUACAAGUUUCACUUUUUCAAUCAAGCUACUGGAAUACAUGAACUUUUAUUCCAUAUUCUAAUUCAGUGAGAUGCAACUAUACAUCAUCCAACAGCCUGAUCCCCCUCCCCACUUACCAAGAUAGCAGAGUUAAAAUGGUUUAUGUUCUAUCAUUAUUUAUGUUUUGCUUGCCACAUGCAACCAUAGGCUGUUGCAUUGAAAGCUGAAGAAAGCCUUUGUACCUAUUAUGUUUUGCACAUGACAUAUAACAUUUACCUGUACAUUCUUUCAUUUUUGCCUUUUUUUUUUUAAGUCACCUGAGCAUUUUCACAAAUUCUGUCGAAUAGAUCAAAUGUUUACAGCACCUUUGGAAGCCUUGUGAGCAUACUGCAUGCUAUGCUGUACAGUUCGACAUUUUAUUUCACCAGGAUGUGUGAUGAUAUCUUACAUCCGGAAAUAUUAAUAAAGAAAAAUUAACCAAAAAAAACUUUUGAAAAUAGAAAUGAGCUAACGUGUGUUUAUUUCAACAAUGCCCUGUAAUGAGCUAGUUAUAGUAGUUAAUGAAAGUCAAACUAUCAGUAAUGUCUCUGUAUGACUUGUAUUCCAGAUAAAUAUAGUAUCAUUGCACUUGUUGCUACUGUAUGUUUAUGUACUAUUUAAACACGAUACAUUGUAAAUUUGAGAGAAGUAGCAGGACCAUUGAGAUUGCAGUUAUAUGUGAAUAAAGUUUAAUAUUUUCAAGAUACAAAGUUGUAUAUUUUCAAGAUUAAGUCAUACUGGAUUUUCAAGAUAGUGAUUUUUUGAUAAGUCGUAUGCAAUAUUUUCAAGACUUAAAAAUAUCUUAAUUUGAGGUGAACUAUUUUUAAGAUUUAAAGUCCUAAUCGAAAAAUAUAUACAACUAUCUCGAAAACAUACAACUUUGGCCUUUAUAGCACAAUAUUUCAUCUGGAAAUACACAAAUAUAUAUAUUAUGAACAUUUUAAAAUGAUCGAGUUAGAAUCCCUUUUGUAAGUGAAACUUCAAAGUCAUAUCUUAUGGACCUGUACGAAUUUCUGUAUUUCUGUAUACCAUGCAGAUCACACUAUCAUUGCACUCCCUGUACAGUUUAACUACUACUACUAACGACUGCUGCUAUAUAUUACCAAUGCAAACAA